CGCCCGGCCCUCCGCCCAGCCCCCUCCCCGUUGCCGGGUGUCUCUAUCGACAGGAAGCAGCAGCAGCCAGCAUCAGCCGCCUCUUCGGCCUCCUGUCGCUACCGUUAUUAUUAAUAAUAUUAGAAAUAAUUGUCGCCGGUGUCCGGUAUCCCGAUGGCUGGCACGUGCCUUGAGGCGGUAAAGCGGAAGAUUAAAGUGCUGCAGCAGCAGGCCGACGACGCCGAGGAACGAAACGAGCGCCUGCAGCGGGAGCUCGACAUCGAGCGAAAGACCCGGGAGAAUGCUGAGACGGAGGUGGCCUCCUUGAACAGGCGCAUCCAGCUGGUUGAGGAAGAGUUGGACCGUGCCCAGGAACGCCUUGCGACAGCCCUGCAGAAACUGGAAGAGGCCGAGAAGGCAGCAGAUGAGAGUGAGAGGUGAGACUGA